CGCCCGUUUCCAUACGAGCCACCGGUGAUCUGUGGGCUUCCAUUGUCGAACGAGAAUCUUUUAUUGGCCGGAAAGAGCGACUGAGAGCUACGUAAGAAAGACUUGAAGCAAACAGUCGGUGUUGGACAAUUAGUCCAUAGUGGGGAGCUUCAGUUACUCCACGCUGUGCAUUUGACACACAUUCAACGGAUGUGCUUAACUUGGAGAAUGUCGUGUUUUAUAGUGAAUUAAAUUGUAUUCAAUGGUCAACAAUAUCCAAUCGGUGGAAAAUUCAUGAAGAAUCUAAAUAAUCUGCGUUGAACCGGUUUCUCUUAAAUUUUAACACACUAUUUUUGCUUUUAACAUGCGUGGAGAAAGGACUGGAAGAAGAGGUCAUGGGAAUGAGAGAGAAAGUGAGACAUUCAUUCCACCUGAUGGUGGGUGGGGGUGGAUGGUGGUUUUGGCAUGUGCAUUAAAUAAUUUAGUAAUGGUUCCACUGAUAACCGGAAUGUCUCUGAUCUUCAAAGAUCUCUUCAAAUACUUGCAGUUUCCAGAACGCGAUGCGUCAAUUAUCAUGAAUACAAAUAUGUCUUUCGGGAUGCUCAUGGGUUUAACUCAUGGCCCACUCCUGCGAAUGUUUGGAUACAGAAAAAUUGCACUCUCUGGAUCAAUCAUGUUUGUUUCCGGUCUCUUGAUGACUUCAAUAUCCCACAAAUUCACGCACUUCAUGGUUUCUCACGGAUUCAUAACAUCUUUUGGAAUCAGCUUAACGAUGGCGGCAUUUUCCCUGGCGAUAAACACUUAUUUCCUCGAGAGGAGAGGUCGUGCUAUGGGUGUUGCUAUGACAAUAACUGGACUGGGGCCUAUAAUAAUGCCCCAAAUCAUUACAAUUUUAUCGCAUAAUUAUCCAGCUCAGCAUGCGAUAUUUAUUCUGGCGGCGAUAGGUCUCCACACGAUUGUGGCAUCUCUAUUGCUCCAGCCGAUAAAAUGGCACUUGAAACGUGUGGCUCUUGAACCCAAAGAUGAAGAUAAAGAACGGCAAAUUGUAACCAUCGAAAAUCUCAAGCCUGACUCCAUAGUCACUGAGAAGUUCGAACGGAAAAGAACAAUCUCUGUAUCAAGUUUGAAUGGAGAUCCUCGUAAUUCCGAUCUUCAGACUCUGGAGAUUACAGAAGAGACGAAAAAGACUCAAAUCAUCAGCGUGCGACGUGACUCUGUCCCAUCUAUGCGUGAUGGAAAAUCCAGUAUUCGGCAGUUUCAAUCUGUCCAGAAUGUCAGAUGUACACAGCCUGAGGAAAGUAGAACGAGACAUCAUUCUCACAAAUGGUGGAGCACAGGAAAAAAUCUCAAUGCCCCGAAUGUCGGUAGCUGUCCCAUGCUAGUCGAUGAACCGCUGUUUCCUCGGGUAACAACAGCCACCGCGCUGAAAGAAUACCAGAAAAUUGAAAAAAAAUUAAACGGAAUGGAUGAGGAUCACAAGGAUGAUGAUAAUAAACUCGUACUGAAAGAAUUAAGUUCUCAAGUCUCGCCAGAGUUAACUGGGAUUGUCAAAAAUGGGGAGCAACAUACCGUACAUUUCACAAAGACGAAAAAAAAUAGGGGUGAUAAUGGUUGCUGUGCUUGUCUAACUGGACUAGUAAAAUUUUUCGACCUACGUCUCCUCUGCGAUCCCAUCUACGUCAAUAUAAUGUUAGGCAUGUCAAUAGCAACAUUCGCUGAGAUAAAUUUUGCCAUUCUACUACCAUUCAUACUGGAAGACAUAAAAUUUGAAACGAGCGAAACAGCGGCAGUAAUGACGACCACUGCAGCUGUUGACCUUUUGAUGCGAGGUCUAGCCCCAUUUGUGGGAGAGCGAGUGCGCCAGACACCCAGGGUGAUGUACCUACUCAGCCUAGCAAUGCUCAUCGCCAGUAGAUCAAUUCUCGUGUACGCAAGUAGUUUUACAGCAAUGAUGAUAAUGGCCAUUGGUAUUGGAUUCGCCAAGGGGUUCAGGUCUGUCUUUAUGUCUCUGAUUGUGCCAAGUUAUAUUCCCAUUGAGAGACUGGCUGAUGCCACUGGAAUUCAGAUGGUCGUUAAUGGACUUGUGCUUAUGGUUUUGGGACCAUUCAUAGGUGUCAUCCGUGAAUUACGAGGGAGUUACGACCUCUGUGUAGUCCUUAUAAACAGCAUGACAAUGCUCACAAUAAUAAUGUGGAUCCUGGAAUGGCUGUUAGGCCGUCUCUUCAGAAAUCAUCGAAAACCUGAGGAGCAGUAUCAAGAAGUAGCACUUGCUGAGUGACUUAAAUACUCACCCCCAAAGUAUUAAACUCCUCUCAAUGAAAAACAGCAAAUAAACUCUGCGUAAAGAGGAAGAAGAAAUAAUAGUCAUGUAUUAUAUUAUUUUUACAUAAAACUUGAAUUUACUGU